UGGAGUGGGCAGCGUCACCGGGGAUGGCAGAGAUCAACUAAUAAAUGUGCAGCUGGAGGCAUCCGGAGGAGGCACCACGCGAAGCCCCGCGCGGAUCUGCAGAGCUGCUCCCAGAGCUUCUGGGGUUCCUGGCGUAAAAGAGAGAUAAUAUGUCUUACAGCGUGACUCUCAACGGACCCGGACCAUGGGGGUUCCGACUGCAAGGGGGCAAGGACUUCAAUAUGCCUCUGACCAUCUCCAGAAUUACGCCAGGCAGCAAGGCAGCUCAAUCCCAGAUGAACCAGGGGGACUUGGUGGUAGCAAUUGAUGGAGUCAACACAGAUGGCAUGACCCACCUAGAGGCCCAGAACAAGAUAAAAUCAGCCAGCUACAACCUGUCUCUUACUCUUCAAAAAUCAAAACGUCCUGCUCCAGUUCCUACAGCCACCCCAAGAAUUGACUCUCCAAUGCCUGUGAUCCCUCAUCAAAAGGAUACUGUUCUGGAAGUCAAUGGCAACCGAGCAAGCGUCAAUCCUCUAAGUAGCACAUCGGCUGGGUCCAUGAGUAGCAUUUUAGCAAGCAAUGGAGCAUAUUCAGGCUACCUCAGCAAACAAGAGAUGAGCCUGUCACAUAGUUCCUCCUUCUUAAAGACUGUCAACAUUAGAUCUUCAGUGUCUUCUCAGUCUGUGGCAUCUGACCUUUCACCAGCAAAAAGUGACCUAGGUGCCAAAACAAGCUCAGCGACCACAGAUGGCAAUAGCCCUAAACACCAGCUAAGCCCGGCAAGGCAAUAUAACAACCCCAUUGGCCUUUACUCAGCAGAAACUCUAAGGGAAAUGGCUGAGAUGCAUAAGUUAAGUCUCACACGAAGGGCUUCAGAAGGUGGACUUCUUAGAUGUAGCCUCCCUGUUAAAGAUCCUCAUGUAGACAGUGCCUCUCCAGUGUAUCAGGCUGUGCUUAAAACUCAGAACAAGCCUGAAGAUGAGCUUGAUGAUUGGAGUCGCCGUUCUUCCCACUUGCAGUCCAGGUCCUUCCGUAUCCUGGCUCAGAUGACAGGAACUGAGUACAUGCAAGAUCCAGAUGAAGAUGCCCUGAGGAGAUCAAGUGGCAAGAAAAAUGUUGCUGGAUCUCCCGAAAACAGCGCUGCAGGUACUGCUCACGAGGCACAGUAUGCGACGUCAAGUGUUUGGCAUUGCCCUAAGUCUUGCAGCACAGAUGCCAACACUGACAGAGCUAGAGCAAUGGCCUCCAAAGGGUCCGUGAGAUUUGGGACUGGUACAAGUCAGAGGGAAGCCAGCUGCCACAGUGCUGGCCAGACAGUCCCUCCUGCUUUCUCCAGUAACCAAAGUACCCCUGUUGAGCAUGCGCCAGUGUCUACCAGCUGUGCCCCUUCUGCUGUGCCGCCUGCUUCAGCCAAUCAGCCUUCUGCUGCCGCUCACAGUGCCCCUCAUCAGAUGACCCUGCCGUCAGCCGCGGCCACUUCCAUGGUGCACGACUCCAUCUCGUCUUCUUGCCAAAGCGUCAGUCACCAGUCUUCUACUUCCAUCACCUGCCAGUCCAAAAAGAGAGGCCCAGGCCAAUCUUACACAUCAGCUCCAGCUUCCCACAGCCCUGCUCCUUACCCAGGCUACAGCGAAGCCCCGGCUCCUGCCUCAAAGCCCAGAGUUGUCACCACUGCCAGCAUCAGGCCUUCAGUCUAUCAGCCAGGCAGCAGGACUGGAGCAGAUUCAGAUGUCAGGAGUGGGCCUGACAUGCUGUCAGAAAGAGCAGCUCCGGCGCCAGCCCCAGUGCCUGUACACACCCAAGCUCCAAGCCAAGCGGAGCCUUCAAGCCGUCCUCCCUGGAUCACGGACGACUCCUUCUCCCAGAAGUUUGCUCCGGGGAAAAGCACCACCACUGUCACCAAGCAUAUCCUGCCACGGGGGGCUCCGGUGCCACCCCUGCCAGCCUCGGCCCCCACGUACCUGCCUCCUUCCAUCCCGGCCUCUUCCCAGGCUCCGGCAGUUGCCCGGGGAACGAUUCAAAGGGCUGAGCGCUUCCCAGCCAGCAGCCGGACUCCGCUGUGCGGACACUGUAAUAGCAUCAUCAGGGGUCCUUUCCUGGUAGCCAUGGGUCGUUCUUGGCAUCCUGAGGAAUUUUACUGCGCAUACUGCAAGGCAUCCCUGGCUGACGUCGGCUUUGUUGAGGAGCAGAACAGUGUGUACUGUGAGCGUUGCUAUGAGCAAUUCUUUGCCCCUACCUGUGCCAGAUGCCACACCAAGAUCAUGGGGGAAGUGAUGCAUGCCCUUCGGCAGACUUGGCACACAACUUGCUUUGUCUGUGCUGCCUGCAGGAAGCCAUUUGGGAAUAGCCUCUUCCAUAUGGAGGAUGGAGAGCCCUACUGUGAGAAAGACUAUGUGGCCUUGUUCAGCACCAAAUGCCAUGGGUGCGACUUCCCUGUCGAAGCAGGAGACAAGUUCAUCGAAGCCCUUGGACACACUUGGCACGACACCUGCUUCAUUUGUGCUGUGUGCCAUGUGAAUUUGGAAGGCCAGCCAUUUUAUUCGAAGAAGGAUAAGCCGCUAUGCAAGAAGCAUGCACACGCCAUCAAUGUCUAAAGGAAGAACUAGAAGCUAAAGGCAAAGUGAAAAGUUUAGGAGUUGGCUCAACAAACGAAAUAUAGAUAGUUAUGGAUUUCUCAUGACCGGGACGGGAGGGGUCAGGGGAGGUAAUGAAUUUUGAACCUUCUGACAUUGAAUUCAGCUGCUUUUUCUAUGUGCAGAUAUUUCUCCUACUUACUUCGUAUUAAAAUAAGGAAAUGAAUAUUCAAAACUUGACAGUGAAACAUUGCUGCAAAGGUUUGAGCAAAAUGAAUGGGGGGGGGAAUCAUUUGUAAAACGGUUGCAUAAAAUUACAAAUACUGAAUAUCUUCUAGUGUGUGUGUGUUCAGCACCGUACACUUAAAGCUUAUACUACACAACAGUGCUUUAAAAAAACCACCAUUAUUAGUAUUACUUUACAACUCAAAGUGUCAAAAUAGUUGGCGUAGCAUAACUUUUAUAGUCGAUAGUGAUAGGCCAACUGAGUGUUCCUCACAAAACAAACACAGUUUAGACUCUAGAAUGACUUUUAUGAACCUCAUAGCGUUAACUAAAAACACCCCAUUGGUUAACAUAAUCAAGGCUUGCGAUCAGAACACAGCAAAGGGCAUGUCCACACUUCAUCACACGGAUGUGGAACUGUCUUCCUUCUAGUAUGUACAGUUCCACAUCACCCUGGUAACUGAAUAUGGAGGAAUCCUGGAAGGCGGGACCAGUCAUGUGGUCCUUUCCUUGCAUGAGCACUGUGCUCCCUCCCAGCUGGUGAAUACUUGAAUGGAAAUAAGCCACAUCCUGGGUUCCCAUGCAUCUCCUUCAUCCUCGCAUUGUUGGAGCAACACAAGACCACCUUGGGGCAGCAGCUUCCUUGCUGCCAUGGCUGUUAAUUGGCCCUGAUAUUAGUUGGGAUAGAGUGUGGAGUAAGCUCAGGCCUUUUUUGCCCAUACCUGAAUUUGCAUGGUAGCCAUUUCAGUGUGAUGCUAUGUCCAUGACACAUGCGUGCCUACACCGCAACCACAUGUACAGGGCUCAUUGCAUGAGUCUUCCCGCCAGAAAGGAGAGUGGCAUUUGGGUAGCGAUCAUGUGAGGGAAGGAGGGAAAACCACGCAGUCAGCUUUGCCCAAGUUGUUACGGUGUUCACAUGCAUGAAGCAAUCCAGUGGGAUAGAGCUGCAGAGAAGCUGUCGCCACAAGGCUCUGGAUAUAUACGAAGGGAAUUGUCUGUUGGGGUGGUUGGUAGAGGGAGCGAGCAAGCGAGCGGGGAGGAAAUAAGCUGGUUAACUAUAAUUCCUGUUGAGAAGAAGAGAAGCAACAGAGAGCAUAUAGCAUUAAAGAGUUUUAGCUGAUUACCUCAUUCAGAGCAUCACAAGGGAACCGGUUUUCCCCAGUCUGCUGCUACAUAAGGAAAGAGGAAAGCCUGGAGAGGAUCUGCUCUGUAUUUCUCUGUGUAGCUGAGAAAGAUUUCCUCUUGCUUGUCCUCUCAUCUUAUGGGUGCAGGGAAAACAGAUAGUGUAAUCUCAGCUCCCAAAAGGACAAUGGAGUCCAGAGCAGCCAGAGGCAAUUCAAACCCUUAUUUCUGCUAAAACUGAUACCAUUUCACAGGGCAGCCCGGAAUGACCUGCAUGCUCAGUUCUAACUGUGAUUAGAUUCUUAGAUAACGUCACCUCUGAAGUGUGAUUGUGUUUGCUGCUGCAAGAAAAAGAAGCUUUUGGAAAUUAGAGUAGUAUUAGCGUAACGCCUUUUGAACAAAUCAUGCACAAUAUCUGAACAAGUAUACUUAUUGUAGCUUUUGUAUUAUUGAGACUGGCAGCAUGUAUUUAUUCCGUCUGUAGGUUUGGAUAUUUAAGCAGUUAGUAUCAAGCAACUGUCUACUCAGAGGAGCAUCCUAAUCUGUGAUCUAGGCAUGGAAGGAGUAUGUCAGUGUUAGUAACAUCUGAGUGCGCAAAAUGGUCAUAAUCUGAAGCCAUUUACUUUGAAAUCAUCCCAGUGUUGUACCCUCCAGUAAAUAGCUUUGGAAUUGAAGGUUAUAGUAACACAUACUUAGCAUUCAUGAAAAGGGAAAAGAACCAUCUGAUUUUAAGGAUGUUGACUAUUGGACUAUUGAGUAUUUAAAUAGCACCCCCUUUUAAGUAGUGUUUUAUUAUUUACUAGAUGUCAAAAAUUUGGGGGGGACCUGCUUUAUCUUGCUCUCAAACACUAUGCCUUUUUAAAAGAAAUAAGUUAUGGAAUGCACUUUUAAGACCACUUUUGAUUUCUGCAGAAGAAUGUUCAGCACAGUUUCCCAAUCUUGGGUCUCCAGCUGUUUUUGGACUACAAUUCCCAUCAUCCCUGACCACUAGCCACCUGCUAGCUGGGAAUGAUGGGGGCUGUAGUCCCAAAACAGCUGGAGACCCAAGUUUUGGGAAACCCUGGUUUAGCAUAUGCUUUGCUAUCUGGUUGAAAUCAAUUUGACUUAAAGGUGCUCAACUUUGGCAGGAUCCUGCCCUGAUUUUCCCCUUUCCCUUAGACUGGAGGAGAAACCACAAGGUUAAUGUUUUUGUAUGCAACAUUUUGCUCCUUUUCCUCAGUCUCUAUGUUGGAUAGUUAAGCAUAUCUGACCUCCAGAAUAUAUGCAAGUACAGCACUUUAAUUCUUCUUGGUCUUGUCCUUUUAACAAGGACUGCAGAACUGUGUGGUUAAUUAUUCUUUUAAAAGAAUCUCUAGCAUUUUAGUCAAACUUUUUUUAAAAAAAAAUUAUAUACGAGUCAUGCUGGUUUUCUCUUUACAUCUUAUGAACCGGAGACAAUUAGAAUAGUUGGUGGCAGUGAAACUUUCUGUGAUCUGAGAAGUCAACCACGCACAAAUAGGACUCAAUUAUCACAUUGCUCUUUUUUCCACUUCAGAUUAUCUCUGGUGGGCACUUUCUACCAAUAAAAUGACAGUGAGCCACAUUUAUUGCUUCACAACAGAAUGACAAACCCUACAAUAGAUCAUGGGUUGACUGCACUGUGACAACUCUGUCAUUAAUCACUCAGUUGCCACUUAGGGCCCAUUCUUAAGUUGCAGGGGUAGCAUUGCUGUUGCUGCCCUAUGACUGGAUCCCAUGUUCUUCCAGUAACAUUUGGAUGACUAAAACCACAAGGGUGAGCAUCUCUCAGCUGCUCCGCUGUUCCUAAGUGGUAGAUGCAUUUGCCCCCUUGUUUCCUGCCACAAUCCUGCCAUUAUUUAAAUACCCUAUUGUAUACGUCUCUGCCAGAAGUCUCUGCAUGUUUAGGUGGUAGUUGUAGAGUGUGACCCUAAACACGUUUAACUUGAAAAGGGUUCCAUUGAUGCUGGUGGCUGCUCAGAGCCAGGGCAGGUGUUGCUGUAACUAGUUGACCUGCAGAAAUAGCUGCUCUGCACAAAUGAGUAGUAGAAUACAGGAGGGCACAAAUGGGAGAUUGUGGCUGCCUUUCUGCGACUAGAAAACCAUUGCAGAUAAGGGGAUAAGAUCUCCCACGGGGGUUUUUUCUUUCCAUGUUACAUGACUCAUGCAAGUCAGCCAUUUUCAUUAUCCGUUUAUCUUGUUCCUGUUUUAUCUGUAAGACAGGAAAAUGUGGGGUAUAAAUAAAUAAUUCUCACAUGCAAAGCCCUGAGCAGGCAUGGCCAAACUUGACCCUCCAGAUUCUUUGGGACUACAAUUCCCAUCAUCCCUGACCACCGGUCCCGUUAGCUAGGGAUGAUGGGAGUUGUAGUCCCAAAACAUCUGGAGGGCCAAGUUUGGCCAUGCCUGCCUGAAAGUAACAUCUGCAGUGGCUCUUACUGCUCAGUAAAUGUAUCUAGCAUCAAAGAGUUAACUUUUAGUAGUAUCUCACAUAUCUGCCCCGCUAAGACCACUCUUUUUAAGAAAAAGAAUAUACAUGUGUAAUACAGAGUAGGGCCUAUAUAGUCAAGUAGAAAACUGCUGAGGGAAGGAAAACACUAGGCAGGUUCAACUGUCUUUGUGACCUGUAACUAUUACCUACUAAAAUAAUUUUGUUUCUAUUUUGUUUCACUAGCAAGAGUGGUGAUUAUUUUUGCUUCUUUUAUUCCUAGAAGUCAAAUACUGUACCUGUGAAUGACCAAAUGGUGAAAGUUGCAUUAAAUCAUUUUAGGGGAUUUGAUAAAUUUAUAUCAAAUGAUAUUUACGUAAACACUAUAACUUU